AUGCCCACCCCUCUCUCUCUGCAGCCCCAUUCACUCACCAUGACCAUGACCAUGACCAUGACCACAAAAAGCAGCAUAGCGCCUGCAGAGAUUUACAUGCGAAGAGUGUGGCGUGUGUGUGUCCCCCAGUUGCCCAGUUGUCUGGGGCACCCCGCCUCGUCAUACCCGAGUGGCCGCGACCUUUUGCCUCAAGCUUUUUUUUCUCGAAUGGGCCCUCGAUCGGGCUCCGUUUUACGUCAGGCCGUUGGCGAGCACAAGAGGGCCCUUCGUUUCUUGAUCCUGCGCCCGCGGCGCUGGGUCGGCGGCGGUUUCGCAUUGAAAAUCACACCGUUGGCCCGGCUCGGGGAUGUGCCUGCCGAGCCCGCCAUUGGCCGUGUCGCGCCCUCUUCCCGCAAACCCGGUCAGGUACACCGAGAUAGAAAGCUGCUCCAAAAAGCUCAAAGCUGCAUUGCAGACGCUCUCACCGAAACUCUCGCCCCCGUCCCCGUCCGCCGCGUGCGCGCGCCUGCGCCAAACGAGUCCCCUGGCGCCGUUGCAGCCAAGAGCCUGGAGCAACGCCCGCCUUUUCUUAGCGUCCGGACCGCGCGUCACCACCCCAAGUAA